GGGGACGCCCUUCGGCCCGGGGCUGGCGGUUGAGCGCUCCCGGCUGUGCGGACCCCCAAUCUCAGGGUCCCUGGUCUGACGGGGGGCACGGCCCCUGAUUUCAGGGACAUCGAUUCUGGGAGACUCACCCUGACCCCAAGGAUUCCCAGUCCGACUGGGGCCCCCAGGAGAACAUCUCCUUGCUUAUCGAGGGAAAUUGCAUUUGGAGUCCAUCUGCCUGCCAUCUGCCUACAGCCUGAGCAAGGGCCUGGCUGAGCCCAGGGGAUCCAGGGAAGCACCAGAAAGAGAGGGAAGGGCUGGAGUCCACAGCACCACCCACCGCAGCCGGCAUCAUUUCUCCAUCUGAGAGGCUGGGGCUCCCGAGCUUUGGAGUUCAGACCCCCAGCACUGCUGACCACAGAGAUGCCCCACUGUUAACUGUUACCCUCUAUCCAAGAUCCCUAUCAGGCCCAGCACGGCCCCGCCCAAGCCCAAGCCGCCCCCGCUGACCAAGGAGACGGUGGUGUUCUGGGACAUGCGCCUCUGGCACGUGGUGGGCAUCUUCUCGCUCUUCGUGCUGUCCAUCAUUAUCACCCUGUGCUGUGUCUUCAACUGCCGCGUGCCACGGACCCGGAAGGAGAUUGAAGCCCGGUACCUGCAGCGGAAGGCCGCCAAGAUGUACACGGACAAGCUGGAGACGGUGCCACCCCUCAACGAGCUCACAGAGAUCCCCGGAGAGGAUAAAAAGAAGAAAAAGAAGGACAGUGUGGACACAGUGGCCAUCAAGGUAGAGGAGGAUGAGAAGAAUGAGGCCAAGAAGAAGAAAGGGGAGAAAUGAGGAGGACUUCUUAGAGGUGGCAACUGGAGCUGGCUGGCCCUGGUGCUCAAGUCCUGGCAGGGGUCCAGGCAUCUUGGACUCCAAGGUCAUCCAUGGACCACAGAGGUUACAGAACACCCUCUUCUUGGCUCCGAGGAGGCUGCUGCAGCCCCAUCCGUAUGGCCCAUCAGGGGCAGGGACAGGACUGCACCUGGUGUCCUGCCUUCAAGCCUGGACUCCGCUCCUUUCGCCUCAGCCACAUGGCCGCUCAGCAAAGGUGGUCUUGGGCCACUGCUCCCCCCUGCAGAUCCAGAGUGGCUUCACAUCCACCCAGACGCGCCUCUGUCCCUUCUGCGGGGAACAGCAGUGGCUCUACGGGGGUGAUGGGAAAUGGGCUCUCUUGGGAGGAGAUGGCUGAACUGGAUGGGCUAGAGUGUGAGGCCACACCCGGGCUGGCCGUGAGGAAGCUGUGGCUAGGGGAAGCUGUGGCAGCACGAGGCUCUCCGACUUCUCUAGAUAGCAGCCCUAGUGGCCAGGGAACCACUCCAGGCCCAGCAGGGGUCCUGGCCGGGGCAGUGACUAGAGCUGCCCAGAGGCAGGGGAACUUCAGCCCAGCAGAUACCAUGUGCCCAUGUACCAUGGGCAGCUGCACUGCACUGGCGCUGAGGUUGUCUGUAGGCCAAGCGUGAGGCCUGGGGGUUCAGGGCUGGGGCUGUAGGGGAUCAGUCAGGGAUGCAGAAGGCUGAGGCCAACGGGCCAAAGGGAGAAGGGAAGAAGGCUGGUAGCUGGGUCCCAUCUUGGGGGACCAGGGAAUCCUGAAGAAGCCAAGGGAAGCACUGAUCUGUGCCAGAGGUCCCUUUGAGGUGGUGGGGGUUGUCGGGGCCCUAGGGGACCACCGCAGAGGGCAGUCAGGGGCUGAGGCAGCAACCAGCCUUCUGCCUGUUAAGCAGAACAGCACACAGCUUCCUCUUCUACUGUCUCAACUACAGCGCCUCAGAGAAUCACUACUGACCAGAGGGUAAAGGCCCAACCACCACCCAAAGACUGAAUCUUCGGGGAGGGGCCAUGCAGAGGGAUUUCAAGAUAGUACUCAGAUCUGGGCCUGGAAACUAAGGAGACACCAGAGUUUCCUGAGCCCGGGUGGGGGCGGGGGGAGCUGCUGGAAAAUCUCACGCUGCCUCUGCCUUGGCAGCCUGCAGAGAUUUGUAUAAAUAAAGCUGAGUGCCUUCUCGUA